AUGCAAUCGAUUCUGCCCCUGCUAUUCAUCUCUGCGAUUCUGUCACCUGCCCUGGCCGUCGAGCCAGCAGCGAUCUACGAUGGUGGCUUCAAUUCAACGGAAGGGACCACCAAUUCUACGAUUGAGCUCCGGAUAGGGAACGGAGGCGCAGCGCUUUCAGAUGCGUUCAUCGUGGACUCAGUCGCAAAUGGCAGCGCGCCUUUCAAAGUAGCCUGGAUAACAUCAGACACGACAUACUCGAUCCGCUACCUCGCGUCUGGCGACAUCGACGUCGGGAUAACGUAUUCGCCCAUCGCCGAGCAAAUCGCAAUCAACCAGUCGAUAGCCAAAAGUCCCUCGUACUACGCAUUCCGAGACCACUUCCUCCUCGUCGGCCCGCCAUCAAACCCCGCCAACCUGACGAACUCGUCCAGCAUCCUCAGCAUGUUCUCGAAUCUAUAUGCCGCCGCAGAGGCCGCCUACGCUGCAGGCGCGAGCGCUCCCCCAGUCAGAUUCCUAAGCCGCUUCGACAAAUCGGCGACGAACAUCAAGGACUCACAGCUAUUCAUCAGCAUCGGCCAGGUACCCUGGGCCACAGCGUAUUCGACCUGGUAUCACCAGUACAUUGCCUUUCCGAUCCAGGCGCUCACUGCGGCCAUCAACCUGGGCGAGUACACGAUUACGGACCGCGGCACGUGGCUCAGCCUUCCGGUCAACGUGACGCAAGAUGCGACCAUAUAUAAAGCCGGGAGCGACGCCGAGGAUGACCUGCUGCUCAAUCCAGCACAUUUGCUGGUCGGUGCCAAAGCGAGGAAUCCUACCGUCGCGCAGAGUUUUGCAGAUUGGCUUGUCAGCCCUCAGGGUGGCCAGAAGGUUGUCGGCGAGUUUGAGAAGAAUGGAGAGAUUCUGUACAGUCCCGCGCCAUGA